AUGUCUCUCGAGCCGGUGAUGCCCCCCUACAACGCCUCGGACCCGACUGCUAGCUUCCUCAGCUCCUCGUGCCUCGACUUUUUGCUCAUUGAGCUCGUGCCGCUCGCGUACCGUGUGACGCAAGAGCGCGACGGUGAUGGCGACGCGGCCGCGGAAAAGGGCGCCAAGCGAAGGAGUACAGGUGGCGGGGGCGGGGGCGGCGACGAGGAUGAUGAGCAUGAGGACGCGCUGCCCGACGCCAACGGUUCGACGGUUAGCGAGAGACAGAGAGCGAGCUCGAUGGGUGCGGCGACGACAGGCAGCGCGGCAAAUAUGAGGCGCUUCGAUGACGAGGACGAGGAGCUGGACGCGGUGCAUUAUCGGCUGGAGACACUGGGUUACCGCGUCGGGCAAGGCUUAGUGGAAAGAUUUUCCCGCGAUCGUCCCCGAUUAAAUGACACGCUCGACGUGAUCAAGUUCCUCUGCAAGGAUCUCUGGUCAUUGGUAUUCGGCAAGAACAUAGACAAUCUCAAGACCAAUCACAGAGGCGUCUACGUACUGACGGACAACGUCUUCCGGCCGUUUUCGCGGAUGAGCACCGUGGCGGGCGGCCAGGCAGUGGUGCGGGCACAGCCGUUCCUGUGGUUCCCGUGCGGCAUCGUUCGGGGAGCGCUGGCCGCGCUCGGGAUCAGCGCAUCGGUGCAGGCAGAAAUCAAUGAGCUCCCGGGGGCGGUGUUUCAGAUCAAGACAUUGCCCGUCAAAACUUGA